CUACAGUGAAACAUGUCCAAAACACACGUUUAAACAUCUAUUUGUUAGUGGACUGUUGAGUUAAACGCUUUAAGAACCAUUUCUGUGUUUUUAACAAAUAGUUAAUUCUUAUUCGUGAAACUAGAUGAGAAUGCAGCAGCGCCCUGCUGCCUUACCUGUGUGUGUGUCAUGGGUGGAUCUUAUAAAGUUACACACACACACACACACACCUGAUUCACAGCCUGAGCUGCUGCUACCAGAAGUUUCAUCUGAAGAUCAUGAGUUUACCGGACUAUAAAUCGCCUGGGAAACAGUCCUCAGCACCUGUGCAGUCGAAAUCUCAAGUAGUGCAUCUGAACAUCGGAGGUCAUGUCUUCAGCACCACUCUGGGAACCAUCCGGAAAUUCCCCAACUCCACCCUGGCAGACCUGUUUAACGGAUCGACCAAACGGAUGGACUCUGAAGGCCGUCACUUCAUAGACCGUGACGGGACUUAUUUCAGGUACAUCCUCGAGUACCUCAGAACGGAGAAACUUCCUUCUGAACACCUGCAGGAGGUGCACAAGGAGGCACUUUACUACGACAUCAAACCUCUGGUCAAAGCCAUUGAGGACACGCCGCAGUUCUUUGGAGAAACAGUCGGGAGACAGCAGUUUUUGGCCCGUGUGCCAAAUUAUCGAGAAAACUUGGAGGUGAUUGUGCGGGUGGCCAGAGCCGAGGCCAUCGCCUCACGCUACUCACACAUAAUCGUGUGUGUUGUGAGGACAGAAGACGAUUUAGCCAGAUACAACAAUGCUAUCGACAGUCUCGGCACCCCGAGAGAGUCCGUGGUGAGCUUCGGUCCGUGGAAAGCUCCCGCAUCAGUGGAAGACCUGUUAGAUUGCAUCAAAACGGACAUAGAAUCCAAAGGAUAUAAAGUAAAGAUCCAACCACACAGCAUAGACAAAGGGUUUCUCUUCAAGAGCUACGACUUCUUCUAUAAACUCAUUUUCACUUGGUGGUGAAGAAUUUCAGGCCCAAGCUCACGACCUGGAAAUAAGGAUUUAAAAAGUAAAGGAAUGUUUUAUAUAUUAGCCUAUAUAAUCAGUUUAUCAACAGCUUCUGUUGCUUUAAAAGACCCAAAUAUUGACAGCUGUCAGUCAUGUGCAAUAGUGUUGUUAUCUGUCAGUAUCUGUUAAACCCUUGUUUAAUAUUGACUCUAGUUGAACGAUCCUGGCCUUUGGCUUAAAAUAGCUUCUGCACGAAUGUGCCUUUAUUAGGAAUAUUCUGGUAUGGGUUUUAUCAGCAGCAUUUGUGGCAUGCUUAGGAUUGCAUCAGAAUAUUAUUUUGACUAUAUUGUGUGUACAGAAAUGCCCUUGACAUAAUUUACACAAAUGCAUAGUUUUAAAUGCUACAGCCGUUAAUUUGCUUUUAACCAUAAACCCUUCAAAUCAGCUUUAGGUCUUAAGGGAUGUUUUUGGCUUGCUAGUUUGACAACACAUGAGAAUUGUACAAUUUUAUGUUUUUUUUUUCUUUGUACAUGCAUCUUUUAUGUAUUUGUUUCCAAAGCAACUUGCAUUGUAUUCAAGGUAUGCAUGCUGUCAUGCUUUCCCAAUGCAUUAUAUAAGAAUGUGGAAACCGGUCCACUUCAUAUACAAUCAUUAUAAUCUCCCUAAUUUGUGCUGUGUGUAAAUGUUUUUUUCAAUUUGUACAGCAUGUGUUUAUGAUGUUUUUUUUGUUUAUUUGUUUUUUUUGCGGCCAAGACACUUGAUGAAGCCUUUGCUCAUGUAGAUCACUAAUGGUGCAAAAUAAUAUUAAUAGAGAGUGAUGUGCCAUUUCAAGCAGAACUGCUGUUGUAGUAUCUUAUCACUUAAUAUAUGUUUAAAGAACCAGGAUACCAAAAAAAAGUCAAAAAAUUUUUGAAUGUGAAAAAUAAUUUUAAUUGAUUAUGUUAUUGUCUGAUAUUUACUGAUUGCUUUAUGUGUUGCUUCUAGUGCAUUAUUCUCUGUCACAUUAUUAUUAAAGCCGCUUAUAUUUAAUGGUAUAUGCUAUAAUUCUUUAAAAAUAUAUUGAAAUCUUUAAUCAUCUUGAGUCACUGAAACGAGCGAAAUGUCAAGUUUAGU